GCGCCCCCUCGGGUGCGGCCCUGAGAAGGCGGCGGGCCUGACCGGGCGGGGCCGGGCGGGAAAUGUUAGGGCUGCUGUAAACUGGGCGCGGGGUCCCGGGAGGCAAGAGCGUCCGGGCCGACGUCUGGCCCGAUGAAGAGCCAGGCGGCUGGGCCAGUGCUCCCCAGCGCGGGCCUCAGGUCGGCCAGUCCGGCUGCCAGCGCUUCUGGGAAAACAGCCCCGGGCGCCGCCCAGCAUGCCGGGCACUCUGCACGGAGCGCAGCCGCCGGCCCUCGGAGCCGUCGGGCAGUGCGGGGAGGCGCGGCUACCGGCAGGAUGUGGUAGCACGUGACACCGGCCCCAGCGCGCACCUAUCAGACGCCGGCUCCCUGCACUGGACGCGCAGGAUGAAUGACAUGAACUUGAGCCCAGUGGGGAUGGAGCAGCUGUCUUCAUCCUCUGUGAGCAAUGCCCUGCCAGUCUCAGGAAGUCACCUGGGUUUGGCCGCCUCUCCCUCUCACAGUGCCAUCCCUGCCCCAGGACUUCCAGUGGCAAUUCCAAACCUGGGUCCCUCCCUGAGCUCUCUGCCUUCUGCCUUGUCCCUCAUGCUCCCCAUGGGCAUCGGAGAUCGAGGAGUAAUGUGUGGGUUACCUGAAAGAAACUAUACCCUACCUCCACCACCUUACCCUCACCUAGAGAGCAGUUACUUCAGAACCAUUCUACCUGGCAUUUUAUCUUAUUUAGCUGACAGACCACCUCCUCAGUAUAUCCACCCCAACUCUAUAAAUGUUGAUGGAAAUACAGCAUUAUCUGUCACCAACAACCCUUCAGCACUGGAUCCCUAUCAGGGCAAUGGAAAUGUUGGAUUAGAACUAGGCAUUGUUUCAAUAGACUCUCGCUCUGUAAACACACAUGCUUCCCAAAGUCUUCAUCCUAAUGAUGGCCAUGAAGUAGCAUUGGACACAACAAUCACUAUGGAGAAUGUUUCUAGAGUUACCAGCCCAAUCUCCACAGAUGGAAUGGCAGAAGAGCUUACAAUGGACGCUGUUACAGGAGAGCAUUCCCAAAUCCCAAAUGGCUCCAGAAGUCAUGAGCCUCUCUCUGUGGAUUCUGUGAGCAACAACCUUACAGCAGACACUGUAGGACAUGGUGGUGUGAUACCCAUUCAUGGGAAUGGUCUGGAGCUUCCUGUGGUCAUGGAGACAGACCACAUUGCAAACCGGGUCAAUGGGAUGUCUGACAGUACCCUCAGUGACUCUAUCCACACUGUAGCCAUGAGCACCAACUCUGUAAGCGUGGCACUCUCUACCUCACACAACCUGGCCUCCCUAGAGUCUGUUUCCCUCCAUGAAGUUGGCCUUAGCCUAGAGCCUGUGGCUGUCUCUUCCAUCACGCAGGAGGUUGCCAUGGGGACAGGUCAUGUAGAUGUGUCCUCAGACAGCUUGUCUUUUGUACCAUCUUCACUGCAAAUGGAAGACUCCAAUUCAAACAAGGAAAACAUGGCAACCUUGUUUACAAUUUGGUGCACUCUUUGUGACCGAGCCUACCCCUCAGAUUGCCCUGAUCAUGGACCAGUGACUUUUGUUCCUGACACACCAAUAGAAAGCAGAGCAAGACUAUCCCUCCCGAAGCAGCUCGUUCUCCGCCAGUCCGUUGUGGGAGCAGAUGUUGGUGUAUGGACUGCAGAAACCAUUCCUGUGCGGACUUGCUUCGGGCCUCUAAUUGGUCAGCAGAGUCACUCCAUGGAAGUAGCAGAGUGGACAGACAAGGCAGUUAACCAUGUCUGGAAGAUAUAUCACAAUGGCGUCCUCGAAUUCUGCAUCAUUACAACUGAUGAAAAUGAGUGUAAUUGGAUGAUGUUUGUGCGCAAAGCCAGGAACCGUGAAGAACAGAAUUUGGUGGCCUAUCCCCAUGAUGGAAAGAUCUAUUUCUGUACCUCACAAGACAUCCCUCCUGAGAACGAGCUGCUUUUCUAUUAUAGCCGGAAUUAUGCCCAACAGAUAGGUGUUCCUGAACACCCAGAUGUGCACCUCUGUAACUGUGGCAAGGAGUGCAAUUCCUAUUCAGAGUUCAAAGCUCAUCUGACCAGCCAUAUCCAUAACCAUCUCCCUAGCCAGGGCCACAGCAGCAGCCAUGGGCCAAGCCACAGCAAGGAAAGGAAGUGGAAGUGUUCAAUGUGCCCCCAGGCUUUUAUCUCUCCUUCCAAACUCCACGUUCACUUUAUGGGUCAUAUGGGUAUGAAGCCCCACAAGUGUGAUUUUUGUAGCAAGGCUUUUAGUGAUCCAAGCAACCUACGGACACACCUCAAAAUACAUACAGGUCAGAAGAAUUAUAGGUGUACUUUGUGUGACAAGUCUUUCACGCAGAAGGCUCACCUGGAGUCUCACAUGGUCAUCCACACGGGUGAGAAGAAUCUCAAGUGUGACUACUGUGACAAGCUGUUCAUGCGGAGACAGGACCUAAAGCAGCAUGUGCUCAUCCACACACAAGAACGCCAGAUCAAGUGUCCGAAGUGUGAUAAACUGUUCCUGAGAACAAACCACUUGAAGAAGCAUCUCAAUUCUCACGAAGGAAAACGAGAUUAUGUCUGUGAAAAAUGUACAAAGGCUUAUCUAACCAAGUACCACCUCACCCGCCACCUGAGGACCUGCAAGGAGCCCGCCUCCAGUUCCUCAGCACAGGAGGAAGAGGAUGAUGACUCAGAGGAGGACGAUCCCGCAGACUCCAUGAGGACAGAGGACUGCAGGAUGAGCAGUGCUAUUUACUCAACAGAUGAGUCUCUCUCUACACACAAAUAGGAGAAAGCAUCUGCUUUGGAUGGAGCACACACUUGGGAAAACAUAAAAUCAACCCAUUGUUAAAAGUAGACUGAGUGGGGAUAGCUGAGCACUUACAGAGGAAUGUCCAGGGGAUUCUUGAAGAUGGACUGGGAGACGAGGCAUGUGUCUGUCCUAUUUUUAAGUAAUGGGUGGCAAUGAAAGGGCCAGCUUUUGAUAUCUGUUCUUUAUUUACAUGUAAUUUGGAAGAUGCAUUUAUGCUUGAGUCAAAGUGCCCUUUUGUCCAGACAAAUGAGAUUUAUCUCACAUUGUUCCGUUUUCCCCCAGCCAGUGUGACUUGAGCCAUCCCACUGCUAACUACGCAUUAUGCACUAUUGUAAGGUAUGCGUUUCAGAGAGAAUUGUAACACAGCUGUGCAAGUAUUAGGAUGACUAUAAUUAAUUAAAAGUAAUGCCUGCCUACCUUCUGGCCACUUGGGAGUUUAGAUCCUGCUUCUCAGUCUCAGCAGGGGUUGAGAGGGCAGGUAAAGAAGCAGCCAUGGUUCAGAGGACAGUCAGUGGCUGAGAGAAGAAAAGGUUCAGAAACCCACUUUCGAUGGAAGCCAAGGUUAGCCACCUGGUUAUGUGUAUGUGCACAUCGCUGUGGUCUAGCCUUGUCUCUGUCUUCAGGAAAGCCUUCAGUCUUUCAGAGUGGACCUAGAACAUUAACAGUGUUCAGAUAAUGCCUGCUGGGUAGUCUCCAGUCAGCAAGUGCACAUGGGCUCACCUGACAAGAUUGGUUCUUCCACCCACAGGAGGAAGGAGGGGAAUGAUUUUUUAAAUGUAGGUUUACUUUAUGAAAACCAUUAAAAUGUUGCUAGCUGAAAGCAACAAGUAGUUCCAAAUGCAUUGUGGGUUUCAGUUAGGCCUUCCCAGUUGUCUUCCUUGCUGAAGGUCCUCACCAGCCAAGUGUAGAGGAUACCAAAGGAUUUGGAAGAUAGAGAAGGCUUACUAGUCACUCCCUGUGAGCAGGCGUACCCAGCUUUUGUCAAGCAGCAGACACAUCCUGGAACUUGACAGGAUUGAUGGAACACGCCUUCCUGCUCAAAGGCACAACCUUGGAUUGAGUAGAGGACUCUGCUGGGAAGGUUUUGCUGCUAAUGUAUUUAUAGAAUGAAUGUAUUUCAUUCAAAUUUGUAUUCCUCUAGGAAGAAUUAAAAUCAUUUUUAAUGAAAAUAUAAAA